UCUACGUGAAGCUGUGAGAGUUCUGGCAUCUUGAGACCGAUCAUCACUCUGGGAGUCAGGGAUCAGUCGGAGCACUUUGGACUCAUUCAGCUGCUCACGGCUAGGUGAUCAGUUGGAAUUAGAUUAUCGAUAAGUUGAUAAACUCGGUAAUUGUGAGCCCUUGACAGUGACCUUUGACCUGGCAUCAUCUCACCAUGACAUCACAUCCCACGCUGUUCAUUGGCCUUGUGCCCAUGCUUGCCUUCAUGACCCUCACCUUCUCGCUUUUCGCUGAUGCCAGCCAGCCGUUCAGCCAGGAGGAGAAGACAGCGAUUAUCGAUAGGCACAAUGAGAUUCGAAGGGAGCCAGGGCCCAGCGAUAUGUACUACAUCGACUGGGACGAUGCAUUGGCAAGUCAAGCCCAAUCGCUCGCCGAUUCUUGCGUAUUCCAUCACGUGAACGAAGGCCUGGUCAUUGGCGAGUUCGACACGAUAGGAGAAAAUAUAUUCGCGAUGGGCGGCGAGAGCAGUGACAUCAAGACGGGAGUGGAUGCCGUGGAUGAGUGGUAUAAAGAAAAGGACAAUUAUAACGUGGCCGAUAACUCGUGCUCUGCUGAAUGUGGUCAUUACACCCAGGUAACGUGGGCUGAGAGUCGGAGAGUAGGGUGCGGACGUAACUACUGUCCUGAUCUGCAAAAUGCAUUCCCUAAUGCAUGGUAUAUCGUCUGCACUUACGGACCAGCAGGGAACGUUGGAACAGAAAAGCCGUUUAAGUUAGGUGAUCCUUGCACGGAGUGUGCAUCGGGCAGCGGUCAAUGUUACGAUGGACUGUGUCGUCCCUGCAGUGAGCACAGCGAGGGAUGCGACUGCAGGAUCGUGUGUCAAAACUGUGCCAGCGUCAACGACGAGUGUAAAUGUGACUGUCCAAAUGGAUACCUGGGAGAUCGUUGUGAAGAAACUUGUGAGGACAAGGAUCCAUCUUGUGGAGCAAACCCCGGAUGGCCAGACGCCGAUUCAUGUUCUCUUGGUGAUUUCGUACCCGCUGGAUGCCCCUUAAUGUGUGGCGUAUGCAAUGCCGCUGAUCCCGACUUCGUUUGUGAUGGUAGUACAAGCACGGGAACGAGUACUGGCACGGGUAAAGACACGGACCGAACUCCUAAUCGUGGACGACCAGGCGGAGGAGGAGGUGGGGAGGCACGCAUCACGGGUGACAUUUGUACGCAAGAAUUUACUGCUGCAACCUAUGUCGACAACGUACUUUACCUUUUCCACGGUGGAAAGCUAUGGAAAGUGUCAUCAUCUGGUGAGCUCUUAUCUCCUGUUGGAGGUGAAGACGCACAGGAUAGCUUUAUCAAACUACCAAAUGACAUUUCAGCUGUCUACCAGCGAAAAGAUGGCAACGUCGUGUUCCUGAGAGAUCAAAAGAUGUUUAUUUUCCAGGAUAACAAGCGCAUAGAAGGCCACCCUAUCAAAAUAGUAGACUGGGGCGUUGAGAAAGAUAUAGCAGGAGCGGCUCAUGAUGGGCAACAAGACAAGACGUACUUUUUUAAAGGCCCACAAGUAUGGCGAUACGACGAGAGAUCAAAGACAAUAGACAACGGAUAUCCGAAGAGUAUCGCAGCUGAGUACGAUUCGAAGGUCAACAAACCGCAAUUUGUUUUCUCGGAUGAUAGAGGGAAUUUCUUUUUUGUAAAGCUCCAGAAAGUAUUCCGCAUCGGCGCCGGAGGGAACGAAGUGGACACCGGAUAUCCGAAACCAUUUGCUCCCGAAUUCUUCUCUGACUGCUAGAAAUCAGAUAGGCUAUACCAAAUCUGAAAAUCAAAAUAUAUUAUUCGGUUACAGGAUUGGGGUUGAGAACCCAAAUUGUUCAUAAUAAGGGUUGAUUACAAUGUAUUCAGAAUGUAUUACCUCUUGUUUCUCACAUUUGCAUCUUUACCAGUUCGCAAAUGAAUUUAAUUCAAAUAGGGAUAAGCGUUGGUAAGUUGAUCUUCUAUUAUAUUGAUCGGCAAAAUGUUUAAUAUAGCAUUUCCGUAUAAAUAGGGUUAUGUAUUCACUACCAAAAGUAUACCUAAACUUUGUAAUACAAUAAGCUUCUUUUUAUUAAUAUUUUUUGAGUAUGCGUUACUCUUCAAAUGCACGUUGUAUACACAUUACCCGUUUAAAUAACCUCAUGUUGAUGGGAUUAAAAACUGUUUACAAUAUAACAAUUAAACAAAAAUAAAUAGAAAAGGCGCUUUAAGAAGAGUUUUGUUAAUAGGCGGCCUAUGACGUCCAUCAAAUUAAAAUCUAAGACUGGGCAAUGUCUGGGUAAAAGAUAAUGAUAAAUAAAUUAAGGAUAUGACUGGUAAAUUAGCGAGUUUUGUACUUCUCAAUUGACUUUCUAAACUAAAGAUAUCGGCAAACCUUGGCAAACCCCUUUCUCACAAUUUCAGAAGAUAAAUAGACGGAAAGAGUCAUUCUUCAAGUCCAAGGUGGCAAAAGAAGACCCCCCCCAAGAUUUUUUUUUUUUUAUUAAAAGACAACAAGGAAAAAAUGAAGGGAUAGAAAAUGAAAAGUAGAGAAAAAUUGAUGUUUUUGAAAAAAGGCCUGUACCAGAUAUUAAAAAAAAAUGAAUUGAUAUAUAUUUUUAUAAUAGCGCCCCCUAUCAAAUACUUGGUGCUACCCCUUCGUAUAGGCAUCAGGUUAAAAAAGUUCCAGUUAUAUUUUUAAUGUUAUUUCAUUUCUGUUGUGUGCAUAUCAAAAUUCAUAAUUUUGAUUAAUCAUUUUUAAAAGACAAACAAAACAUGAAACAUGACUUUGUAUAGGCUGAAAGUGGCAUAUGAAUUUGUUAAUAAGAAUGGUCUACUUCAAUUCCAAAUAUUAAUUUUUGUACGCUCAAUUUUUGAAUAUUAUUUAUGUAUUUGCAUUUGUUCAUACCAAAUAUUUUAGAACAUUUACUCUAGAAUUUUGAUGAAAGAUUAUCCGCGUGAAUGUAAUAUAUCAUGUCACUUUGAGGUUAUGAAUGUGUCAUUUUGCAUAAAAACUCAUAAUAUGUAGGUCAUAGGCCUAUGUUUAAAUUGUGGUGUACUAUGAGCUUCAGCAUUGUAAUUUGGACAAAAGAUGUUUGUGAUUAAAAUAAAAGCGACAUGGAAGGUUGCGUCCUUUAAAAGAAAAAAGAGUAGGCUUCAUCUCAACUCUAUAGAGGAGAAAACGAUUUUUAAAAAGAGAGGGGAAGUGAACAGACUAUGUACAGAAACGUUUUUACAUUUAUGUGUUUAUACUCUUCUCUUUGAACAAAAUAUAUACAUGUAGGUUCCUAUGUGGAUUACAAAGUAAUUAAUAACUCAUGGUUUCAGUGAAAUGUACAAUCAUAUUCCUAGCCAAAACUUCCUCAGGCUUUCCUUGGCAAAGAAAAGCCUCAAAAUUUUUCUCUUUAACUAUUUGUAGCUGUGUUUUCUUUAAAAUCAUCUAGUAUGCUGUAAAUUUCACCCACAGUACAUGUAGUUGUGCUUGUAUGCGUUUUGAAGUUACUACAGAAAAAAAAACGAUUUCGUUUGCAUUCCACCUAAAUGUAAUUCCAACGAAUUUGUUUGUAUGUUUUCCCCCUUUCCAAAGCCCUAACCCCCUUGUACCGUUACAUAUUUUUUGAAGAUAUUUCUGUAAUGUAAAAUUAAAAAUAAACUCAAUAAAA